CCCUCCUGAACGUAAUAUUGACGCGUUAGAGAGAGGGAGCUUAGUACCACACACGCCAUCAUCCACCACGCGUUGUACACGGGGCUAGGCAGAGUCCGUUGGUGGCUGGUAACCUCUGCAGAAUUAGGCCGACGGGCGACGACCGGACGCGUGUGAGGGUGCGCCGGCACAAAGUGCGGCAAGUCAACCAGUUCGUGGACGUCAACCGCGUGUACACAGCCCUCAUUCGCAAGCCCGCAUGGAGGACGGGAGCGGGGUGGCGCUUUUUGUGGUGAUGUUUCUCCUCGGUGGUUGCGAUUUCUUGCCGGGGUUCUACUUCUUGAAGAUGCCGAAGAUGUUCCAGUUUGUGCUGGACACAAUCUCCCAGCCGGGUCUUUUCAGCAGACCCAUCGUGAAGAAGGUAAACGGAAAAUGGACUCUCGACAUCGACCAGUGCGUCAAGAUGCUUGGUAUGUGCUACUUCCAGAUGCACUGGAACAUCUUGCAGGUCGCGUACGGCCGCGGAGCGGUGGAGCUGUUUCAGGCUGUGGAUUGGGACAGCAGAACAUUCAUCGACCGAGUGAGACUGAUUAUUUUCAAGGCCAAUGGGCCCAAUGCUAAGAAGAAGCGCCCUGACUGGACCGCGUUGAGGUUACAAGCCAUGAGGGCGGAGCGAGUGCUGCGCUACUGGGGGUCCGCCUUGGAUUCGAAGACCGAAGAAAUAGAGUACCAAGGGCAUGGUUGGGCAGCGGGGGCGAACAAGCCGGAGGCGAAGCUCACCUUCGGCAACUGCUGCGUCCAGCUAUCGCCAUAUGCUUUGCUUAACCAGGAAGGGAAAGUAAAGAUGUUAACAUGCGGCUGCACCGGGAGAGUGAGCAAGACACCCUUGUGCAACAACAACUCAUGCGGUUGUCAUAAGAGGGGUUCCAAGUGCGUCCCCAUGCACUGCGGAUGCAACGGAAAAUGCUACAAGAACCGGGCCGAUCUCAAGGAGAAGCUAGAAAAACAGAAGGCGGAGGCAGAAGCUGCCAGGGCGAAGGCGGAUGCUGAGAAGGCUAGGGCGAAUGCUGAGAGGGUCGCGUCGGUGACUGCGGCUGCGGCCGCGGCGGGUUCCACGCGUAGGCUGACCAUCUCUACGUUGACUUGGACNCCGAGGCGAAGCUCACCACCGGCAUGCUACAAGAACCGAGCCGUUCUCAAGGAGGAGCCAGAAAAACAGAAGGCGGAGGCAGAAGCUGCCAGGGCGAAGGCGGAUGCUGAGAAGGCUAGGGCGAAUGCUGAGAGGGUCGCGUCGGUGACUGCGGCUGCGGCCGCGGCGGGGGUGGGGGCGCCUGCGGGGGCGGGGGGGGGAGACGAGGAGGAAACACCGGGUGGCCAUCCGGGCGUUUGCACAGGAGAGGGGGGCGAGGGUCAAACAUCCGAGGGAGGGCUGUAUCCUUUGGAGGAAGGUGGCACAGAGAUGGGGGCGCCUGCCGAGGGGGGGGGGUGGAGGCGAGGAGGAAACACCCGAAGAAGCGGGCCGACCACUGCCCGACGAGGAGGAUCGGCGGGUGCCUGGGUCAGAAAACGGUGAGGGGAAGGCACAUGGGCUCGGUGUCGUUUCGCCGGAACAGUUGCUUACCCACGACCCACACAAGAAAUGAUAGCUAGAAACAACGUGGUGCCAAGACAAAAACCGUCUGUCUGUGCAUUGGACACCCCAGCUGUUGAAGGUUGUCGUUCAUCCACGCCAUAACUGAAAAUAUGGGUGCAGAAUGAAGGUACUGAAGCGAAUUGUGUUGCUAUCCAAAGCUACUGGCGCCGCGCAACCAGCACAAAAAUGUGUUUUCAUCCAGCAGUACGCCAGACCAUCGAGUUGUCGCCGCGGAGGCGCCCACGGCGAACAGAGAGACCCCCCCCGAGUUGAUAUGGCGCGGUCUUGUUGUAGCGCGUGAGGAACCCUCUCUGGCGUCCAUCAUGUUGCGUAUCCUCUCAAACUCGAUAAUUUUGUGUCGUCGCCUGGACCUAUUUCGUAGACAAUUUCACGACGUUUGGGAGGAAGGUUCAGCAGGCAGCGACGAAGACGACGCGUCGAUAGACAGUAUGGACGACGGCGGGUUCGAGCUGGAAGGAGAAAAGGACGUCUUGGAUUGCGACGAGUCAUAGCUCAUCAUACCGAUGGUCCUCAGCUGUCCAUACGAGUCUGUUGCUACAAGUAUCACAAGAGGGUGCAGCAAAGUGCGAUUUUCUGGCAGGAUUGUAGACCUGCUAAGUUCCUGUUGUUUAACCGUUCUCCCGUCGCACGAGAGGUGUCUUCUCGUGCUCCGUGACUGGUGUGUUAUAUGCAUGCAUGAGCUUCGUCUGGCGACCGAAGUUUUUCUCUUGUUGUGAUGCUGUAUUAUGGCGCUUGGAGAUUGUUUGUGUUGGGUCGGUUUUUAUUACCGUGCUUUCAUUUCUAUCAAAGGUGCACCCCUUCUUUGGGUACAAGUAGUUGGUUGGUGACAGCGGAGCCGGAACGGUAGUUCAAUGUAAAGACAACAACAACAACCUGUCGCCCACAUUUUGGGAAGACCCUCACGUGUGCGGGAUUACGGAUUGCAACAUGUGACCUGCGCCGUUACACACCAGCCCAAGACCAGCAGGACCAUCCAACUGCCGGUCGUCUGCUUCAUAAGAAAUCAUUGGGGUCCCAACAUUACGCCAAAGACGGUGGUUUGUCGAAAUCCUACACCAGCACGAAAACACACAGAAAAACAAAGGAAAACGGUGUAACCUCCAAUGCACGGGGUCCGCAUCUCACAACUCUCACAUGAGCGCAACAGACCUUAGCCAGGCAAGGAAAAGCAAAUUGCUGGUUUGGUGAUCUCUUUCUGCUCCUGUACUGCCUCCCACACAAACCACGCCUCCGUAGAGCUACAUUUCCUCCCGCGGUAGGUAGCGUGCGGGAGCAUCACAAUCCUGUCAGGACGGUUAUCCUUUCGCCAACGCCCUCUGCUUUUUACAGGUUCGAGACAAGUCAGUCUCAGCUUGAAUGCCACUCCCACGCGCCCGACCCGCAACGCCUGUUCCACAAUAUAAAACGCGUUUUUGUAAGGCGGGCUUGUCACCACCCAUUCCGGGCGGCGCGUGUCCUCUACGUACGCCUCGGCAAAAGCAUCCGUCGUGGCGUCCAGGUGGGUAUCGGCUACCCACCUGUGAGAGGGAGGCCAAACAUAUGGAGACAUAAUUCAUGUUUGACGCAAGUAUCUCAAGUUGUAUUGCCGCCGGGGGAGGGGGGGGGUAGUUUGUUCGAAGUUGUGUCCCAUUCGGGGGACGACCGGGGGUUGGGGCCCAUUCGGGGGAAGACCGGGGGUUGGGGUUGUGUUAGUUAUACAGUAUUGUUUGGGAUUUAUGAAAGCUUCAUCAGUUUCUGGGGAUUUUGCGUGCAGGUACUUGCCAGAAUCGCUGUGUUUUGGGACACAUCACUUCCCCGUAAAAAUACAAAAUGAAAAUCGUGAAACACAUCGUUCACCCUGCCAAGAAACAAAACGCUAUGAAACACCACACUCAUACACCGAUCGCCCCGGUGGUCUAGUGGGCAGCCUCGCAGCCUGCUAAGGGCCAGUGCAUGAGUUCGAGUCCCGGCAAAGAGAGUUUUUUUCUCACUAAAUAAAUCCUGGGCUAGGAUGAAAGCGACGCGCUGCAAAGCUCGUUUGAUAGUAAACCAUAAUAGGGAACGGAUUGCUGUACCCUUCUCGCGAUAAAAAUACCUCAGGCAUGAACCGCAGGAGGGGGUCCAACCCCCCCCCUCCUAUGUGAUCCCGGAUUGGUCGCCUAGCUAGAAGUGGAGGAUAGGGGCCAGAGGAGCAGACGACAGAGUCCAAUGAUGGGAGAAAAACAAAAAACAACAAAGAACAAACAACUUCGUUCAUGCAAACAAUAAAUCAACCGUGGUGUGAUUUUUUAGACAACGGUAACCUGCCAGCAGGGUGGGGGGCUCGGAGUCUAGGAAGCCAGCAUGUACACCCGCGCGUGGUGGCUUCGAAAGAGGCCGCAAGACACACAUAUGCUUAUGUGGGGCUUAAGUCGUUCGUAGCAACACGAAGACCGCGCACUGUCAGCACCGUGCUGACUGCGUCCUGUCCGGCGCCACAGCAAUCGAGCACGCCGCCUUCUACAUCCACGUGUUCCAGAAGAGCUCGAACCUGAAAUUGCAUGACAUGGACGCAAGGGCGCAUUAUAACAUCGGCCAAAUAAAGCAAAAACAGAGAGAUGAGCACACCGACUACGAGCCACUUUGCGGGCAGGCAGCAAAGCACAAUUGUUCAUUAGACGGACCACAUACUACCUGAAGAGAGGCGGGAUGUGUAGCGGACGAAAGCAAAGGAAACCUUUCGUUGGAGCGCCUCGGUUGUUACAAGUAAACAGGUCGUAUAAACAGGUCGUAAUUUUGUGUAUGUCUUGCCCUACCCCAACGACAAAAUAUGCCAAAAAGCGUGUACUCACACGAUGGUUUGCCCUUUUGAAUGCGAUUCAAGUUCCGUACCCGACACCGCACUCUUAAGGAAAGCUCGAAGUGCAUAUUGCAGAGAACCCUUCCGUC